GUGCUAAUAAAGUUUUUGUUCACCAAAUACAAAGAAUUAAAACAAUUCGAAAAUGAUUAAUUGUGUUGAUGUGUUAAUCAAACUGUAAAGUGAUAAUUACACAGUUGGCCUUACAUGCAUCUAUGUGUAUAUAUAAACCACAAGUCACAACACAUCAAAACACACCACAAAACACUAAACAUAUAGUCUCUUCGUGCUUUCUCAAGAACCACCUAGAGAUAACCCAAUGGAGGCAAUGAAGAUGAGACUCUUUGUGGCGGUUUUGGUGGCAGCGAUGGCUUUCUCUGCGGUGCAACAGGCUGCCGCGGUGGAGGCUCCAGCUCCGAGUCCUACCUCCGAUGCUUCCUUGGCCAUCCCCGCUUUCUUCGCCUCGGUAGCCACUUUGGCCUUUGGGUUUCUCUUCUAGACAAAUUUGUUUUUGUCUUUUUAAUGUUAUAAAAAUCAUAUUCUUGUUUUUUUAUUUCGGUUUUCAUUCUUAUGUACUGUUCUAAGAUUUUCCACAUUUGAAUCAAUAAAAUUAUCUCGGUCACUUUUUUUUUAUUCAGCGUAGCUUUGACAAAAUCAUUUAAAAAAAAGAAUGUAGUUUGA